UUCUAAACAUUGACAUGCAGUGGUAUUAUGAACGUAUUGUCAACAAAGCUAGUAAACAAAACAGUAAAGAUUAAGGAGUUUUAAUCAAGAUGCCACUGAUUUUUAAUUAUGACAACUGGCUUUUUAAAUUUGCUCUUUCGUUUAACAUUACUUUCUUUUUGUUUUGAAAUAAAUUGUUUUUAUUGUGUUGAGCUGCUGUACCUGAUGGGCAGCGUCUCACUGUACUGUGUGGGAUUUUCAGAGAGUUUCUCCAUUGUCUUGCAAGAUGAAGCUUAUGCCCAGGUAUCCCACUAUGCCCUUCUGGGCUAUCCAGAAGAGUCUCUUGUCAUGGUGUCUUACUUUGGGAAACAAACCAAAACUUAAUAUAAAACUAUAUGUAAAAUGAGACACUGGGUAGUUCAGUGGGAAUAUGAAGCAGGCAAGCUGGUAGUUUUGCCCUGAAGAUAUUUUCCUUUUCUUUUGAUUGUUGGCGCAAUGCUGGAGACAUUAGUCAUUUCAAUUCUGUUUAAAGCCCAGUAUCACACCUAGAUGUUUUCGUUGUCAUUGCACAGCACAGCUUUGCGUCGUGGUGUGCAUCUUGGGUGCCUUGCUACCAUCCUCACUAUGUCUCAUGGGGAGCCACAGCGAGUUUGGUUGAAUAUUUCAGGAAGCCACAGGAAAGGCUAUAGACAAGCAUUACAUUCAGAGUGUUUUCCUGACAGAGAGAACUGUCUCACAAUGGAUGAACAAAGUCUGCCUGAGGGUGAAACAGAAGAAAUGUCAAUCAGAGAAGGACAAUCCAAUCAAUCCCACCGUUUCCUGCUCUGUGGCAAUGGUGAAAAGGUCCUUUUAAGUAAGAAGGUGGAGGCUAACCUGGACGCUCUUAGCAUUCUUUGUGUUAAUGAAUGUGAGGGAGGCAAUCUAAACAAGCACGAAAUAGAGGAGCAUUUUUACAAAGGAGGGAAGGUGUCAUGGUGGAACUUCUAUUUCUCUGAAGAGCCUGGGUCUACAUCCCUCAUCAAGAGAGAUAAAUAUGAUGUCAUCAGGAAUGUCAUCAUUCCAAACCUCUGUAAUCUGAAUGUUGCCUGCGUAUCAUUUAACUUGUUCCAUCUCCCUGGCUGUGGUGGCACUACCCUGGCAAUGCAUGUCCUAUGGUCCCUGAAGGACACAUUUCGUUGUGCUGUCUUAAAAGAGGGAUCAUCUGAUUUGGCUGUCGUGGCCUCCCAAGUGGUACAGCUUUUGACUUAUGGGGCAGUAGAACAAUCUGCUCAGCUUCCUGUGUUGCUGAUGUUGGAUGAUUUUGAAGAGAAGGACUCUGUGUUCGAUCUGAAACAGCAUAUUGUCAAAGAGAUGGAAAAGAAGAACCUUAGUUCACAGUGCCCACAGGUCAUACUACUGAACUGCAUGAGGAUUGAGUCAAUGGAAAAUACUGAUUUAACUGAGGACACAGUCUUGAUUGGCAACAAUCUUUCAGCCCCAGAGCAGAAGUGUUUCCAAGAAAAGUUAAGGGAAGUUGACGAAGUCCACAAGCAGGAUUUAGAAACAUUCUAUGGCUUUAUGGUCAUGAAGAAGAAUUUCUUACCAGAAUACAUUCAGGGCGUUGCUCGAAAUGUACUGAAGAGCUUUGAUUUUGAGGACAAGCAUGCUGAGCUACUUGCUGUCCUCUUCCUCCUGAAUACAUACUGCAAGGGUGCAUAUCUUUCAGUAUCUCUAUGUGAAGAAUUUUUGGGAAUUAAGACAAAACCAUAUUGCGGGUCCAACAAAGUUGAGGAUGCAUUUGGCAAGUUCUCCACUCUUGUGACCCAAUGUAGGGUGAAGGAUAAUGUAGACUAUGAUGCGCUGAAGAUCAUCCACCCUAGCAUGGCAGAAAGCUGUCUGCAAGAACUUGUAGCUUCUAAAAAGGCAGCCAAAGCUGAGAUCACUAACCUUUUGUUGAUGGAAAACAAAUUCUUUACUUGUGUACAGGGCAAAACUAAACUAUGGGAGGAUGUCCACAGCAUUCUGGUGAAAAGAGAUAUGAAGUGUGGAGGAGAGAACAAUCGGUUCUCUCCUCUAGUCCAGGAUAUUAUAAAGGAAAGUCCAGGGGCUAUAGAGAUUGUGCUGUUCAACGCAGUAGAGCGAUUUACUGACAAUGCAGUCAUGUUCCAGUUACUUGCCAGAUAUCACUACCUAGUGAAGAAAAACUUCAGGCAGGCAGAGCAAUGCGCUUGGCAAGCACAGGAACUUUCUCCAAAAAACUCAUAUAUUUCAGACACAUGCGCACAAGUCAUUAAGCAUGAGCUCAAAUUUGAAUUAAAAAGAGACCUUAUUCCUGAUACACCUGGAGGCCUUGAUGAGUAUCUGAGAAUGGCUCACUCUGCUACAGAUGCCUUCAGAGAAACACAAGAGAUUGCCAAAAAGGAAGACAAAAGGGACAACACUCCUUACAACAGUGCCGGGCACCUCGGAGAAAUCCAGGUGGCUGUGAUGAUUUUGGAAAUUCUACAAAGUCAACUGAAUUCAGACCAGUAUAACACAAUGAAAUGUUUUCUGAAUGGGUCAAUAAAAACCCAUGACUUCUUAAAGAUUCACCCUUUUAAACACUCUGCAGGUUAUUGCAGCGUGGUUCAGCAAUACAGCAACAUCCUCUGCAACCUACAACACAACAUGAAAAGACAGUUUGAUUUCUUUAACAGCUUUUUUGUCCACCUAACAGCUAGAACAUCUUCGAAAGAACAGAUUCAAAGUGAGCUUGCCAGGUGUUUUUCCUUUUAUGUUGACGUUUUUUGCAACAUCUCUACACAACUGAAUGAUUUGUCCUCAAACUGGCAAUUUCUGGAGAGCAAGAACGCUGAUACCUACUCUGGGCUACUUAAUUUCCUGUCAAACAACAUUGAAAGUAAUGAGAUGGAAGAAAUAGUUGAGAAAUAUGCCUUCAUUAUAGAGAAUAGCACAGGUGGAUCUAAUGGUGUAAAAGAAAGAAUCAACUUCAUCUAUGCAAAUAUUGUCCUUUAUUGCAUCAAGCCAGAAUCUAGAAGCAUCCGUCCAUUCGAGUCCCUCCAGAAGACACUAUCUGAAGUUCUCACUCAUCCUGCCACAUUCAAAGACAGUAUGGAACUGCAUUUCAUUGCUGUUGCUUUGUUGUGGCCACAGUUAAGUGUACCUAAAUUUUCUGAGAGGCUGGGUACUUAUGUGUCACAAAUGUCAAGGUCUUUCCAGAAAGAGUUAGGAGCAGUGUGCCAUGCUAAGUGGCCUGUUGUCCAUUUCUACUUGGGUAAGGAAAAAGGCUACGGGAGCCUGGUUAGCCAGGAGAACAUGAGCAAGAGUGUUGGGUCAGAAGCAAACAUCAGCUCCUUGUUUCAAAACGGAAAGUUAUGGAAUGAGGAAGCAGUCCGGCAGCAGCUUUGCAGAGUAACGGGACGAGUGGAGAAGGAUGCCCUACUCGCAGAUACCUCCAAAGCAGAUUUUAACAUUGAAGUAAAGCCAUUUUACAAAAGGCAGCUGAGUAGUCAAGUAGGGAAAGUCUCUUUCUUACUUGGUUUUACUAUGAAGGGUCCACUUGCUUUUGACAUUCAGUUGAAGUAACUAGUAACUGGCAUCAAGAUCAGAUAUCUAUCAAAUAAACUGACUUACUGAAACCAAGGUGCUGAUUGAGAUGGCACUUGGAAACUACCUUAUAUUUGAGUUUGGUUUAGGGAUUACUCUGUUUUAUUAAAUGUCAAGCCUCUUACGUUUGAGUAGAAUUCACUUUUUCUUAUUUGUCUUCACAACUUCUUUUCCAUGUGACGGUCACAAUGUGAUAUAUGCAGUUGCACUGAAUAUUAAGACAAAUUAUCUUGCUAACUUGUAUCACUCAGGUUUGUUAUAUUAGCACCGAAUUUUUGAGCACAAAAGUUUUUUAAAUUACAUGAUAUUUAGUAAAGAUAAUAUAAAGCACUGGAAAGAUAUAUUUUGUAUAUAUUCUAUACACUCCACAUAUGAAUUGUUAGAGCUCUUAAUGUUCAUAUUGUUCUGCACUGGUUCUUUUUCUUUUUAACUGUCAACAAAUUUAUACAUCUAUAUAUUUUGUAGUUAACACCCUAAUAAAUAAAUGUGAUUAUUUUUA